AUGCCACCCAAGGUCGCACCGAAGCCUCGGGUUGGCUUGAUUCGCCGACCCAUCCAUCGAGGCCGUAUCGACGGGAGCCCAGCACCAACCUCACUACGAGCAACAACUCCCCUUGGAAUGCGAGCAUCCACACCAGUCUCCUCUAGACCAACUGGCCUGAAAACAAUGAAAUGUUCCAAUCCCACCUGUCCCCGUCCGAACAUCGUCGAAAGUGAACAAGGCUUGAUCUGCGAUACUUGCGGUGCCGUGGCUCAAGAAGACUCGGGCCUCGUCAGUGAGCAAGGCUUCGGAGAGACAGACUCUGGCCGAAUCACAGCUCUCGGUGUCCACGUCGGUGAAUCACAGACCCAUCAACGGACCUACGCUCCGGGCGGGGCACUCGGCAACGCUGGUCGAGAGCCGACCAUCAAUCGGGAAAGAUCUGAAGCCCAUGCACGAACUAUCAUGGUUUCUUAUCAAACGCUGUUGAAAAUCCGUUCUGCAGAGGUGGAAGCUGGCAUGCAGAUAUUCAAGCUUGCUUGGGGUAAUUCUUUUGUGCAGGGCAGAACUAUCGAUAGCGUCGCUGUCGUCUGUCUCUAUCUUGCCUGUCGCAGAAAACAUGAACAGGUCCAGAACGAACGGCGGCCGUUGUACAGUCUCAUGAUGAUCGACUUUGCUGAACGACUCAAUAUGGAUGUCUUUGCAUUGGGAAAGAUGUAUCACGAUCUCGUUCGCAAAUUAUAUGGCCAAUCAGGCAGUGGAGGCAUACAAGCUGACAUCAGUGCGGACCUCCUAGCUCACGGUCCCGAAGUCCUCGUCAGCAGGUUUGUAGAUGCGCUCGAAUUCGAUAAGGCGCAUCGUGACAAAAUCAAAAUGGAUGCCGUCAGGAUUGUGAAGCGAAUGAAGCGAGAUUGGAUGUCUACUGGGCGACGGCCAUCUGGAGUCUGCGGUGCAGCAAUUCUGCUCGCUGCUAGGAUGAACAACUACCGCCGAACUGUGAGAGAGGUCGUUCUCACAGCGAAAGUGACUGAAAUCACCAUCAACAAGCGAUUAGAAGAAUUUUCCGACACCCAAAGCAGCAAGCUUUCAGUGACACAGUUCCGCGAUAAUACCGUGCUUGACACCGUCGCUGCCUCAGAUCCUCCUUCAUAUCAACGUGCUCACAAUCCCAAAGACCACGGCAAGAAGAAGCGCGGACGACCUCGAAAGCGACCUUUACAGCAAACCUCUGCUGAGCUUGGAGGCGAUGCCGAACCCAAUACAAUCACAGACUCAUCACAGCCACCCUCCAAAAGGCCUCGGCUCGACGCUGAAGGCUUCGCCAUUCCCGAAAUCCCUCAAAGACCGACACCAAUAGACCCCGCGAUCACCGGGGAAGGGGAAUCCGCUCCAGCCUCUGAAGAGAAAGCAAAUCCACGUACUGCAGGUAGACCACGUGGGGCCAAAAACUGGAGCGCACCCCCUCCCUCAGAAGCCGAGUUGGCGAUUGAAAGAGAAAUCAGAAAGGAUAUUGCUCAAACCUUCCGAGAGAACGAAGAGCUCGCGCCAGAGUAUCAAUACAUAGCUGAAGAUGAGGAAGACGACGAAAACGGCUAUCGUGAUGAUGAGACGGAAUUCAACGCUUCCACUCCGCCGGCUGUCACACCUGAGCAAUCUUCAACAGAGCAAAACUCUGGCGUAGCGGUAAACGAGUCUACCACGACUGGAAAGACACACAGCCCAGCACCCAGCAUGCCCUUCGUCACCAGUGACACAGCCACAGCAACACCUCAGCGCACAAAGUCGGGCCCACCUGGACCGGCCGUCAAUACGAAUGCAGGCAACAUUGGCAACGUCUCUCUAUCUCCGACCCUCAAACCAGACGAAUUCGACGAUGAUGACGACGUGUCUAGCUGCCUGCUAUCUGAAGCGGAAUCACGCAUCAAAGAGCGGGUCUGGGUGUCAAUGAACGCCGACUGGCUACGACAGGACCACGCGAAACGAAUCAAGCGGGAGUUGAGAGAGGCCGAAAUGCGCGCACGCGGUCUCGACCCAGCCAAGGAGGCCCUCAAGCUCGCACAGAGCAAGGGCAGGAGAAAGGACGGCACAAAAAAGCCCGGACGCAGAGGCGACGUGAGCUACCUGCACGAAAAAGACAAGGCCCAAGGGGUUGACGGCGAAGAUGAAGGACCGAAGGCCAGAGGCAGCGCAGAUCGAGAGCGCAGCGCAGCAGACUCGGUGCGCAAAAUGUUUGAGGCGCGCGGCACAUAUUCGACACGUGUGAACUACGCGGUCCUGGAGUCUAUCUACGGCGUCGGGGCCGGGGGUGACGAGAGUGACAGCUCGCGCGCUGAAAGCCGCAGUGUGAGCGUCAAGCGCGGCGAUCGAGAGGCCAGCGUCGCAAGCUCUGUUGCAUCUACUUCGGAUGCCGGGCUCAUCUUUCGCGGGAAUGUGGCGAGGGACGCUGCUGGCCGACAGAGGAGCAGAGCAUCAGCAACCCAAAGUAAGAAGGAUCAGCAGCAACGUGGCAGGAGUGAGUCUGUGGCUUCUUCUGUGCAGGAUGACCGGGAGGCACAGCAGCAACGGCAGCAACCAACACGGCCGAAACAAUCCCACCCUCCCAGUGACGUGCCAGGAGUGGGAGCCUCUACCCAUACUCCACCAGCCAUCAAACCCUCCGGCUCCUCCCAUCACGGCUCUCCAUCGCAGACACAACCACAUAGUCCCGGCGUCCCCGAGGAAGAAGCGCUCGGCCCUGUAGCGUCGCCCCAUUCCUCGCAAUCACAACCCGGCUCAGGAAGGGACGACAACGAGCAUGCCGACGGAUAUGACGACAACGACGACGACGAUGAAGAAGAUGAAGGCGAGAUCUCGCUGCUCCGCGCUCGCGAACCGGGCGAGUAUGACGAGGACGAAGACAGCGAAGGCGACGAAGAUGACUAUGUCAAUGAAGACGGAGGGGAUUACAAUGGCGACGACGACGAGAAUGUUGAUAAUAAUGCCGGGGAUGACGAUGUUGAGGCCGCGUUCGAGGGGAAAUACGGCGCUGCUGGGCAAGCUUACCAGUGA